GAAGGUCAGGAUCAUCAAAAUCGACCGAGUUUCGUGAAGAGUGUUGAUGAAAUGUUUAGAAAGCCCAGAGAAUGACGACAUCUAUGAAGUAAAACCCAGGGGUUUGUUUGUUGCUUCAAUUCAGGGACGUUUUCAGCCGAUCAAACAUGUCUCGACAAUUGACUUUGUUUUUCGGCAACGCCUUGCUCGAUCUGACCGUACCCGUAACCGCAGAGGAAGAAAAGCACUUGGUUCAACGAUUUGGUUUAGUGCCGCAUGUCGGGCAAGAAAAAGACACCAUUCAAAACGAAUUGAUGGCAUUUGUCUCUGAGACCAGGUCAGAUUCAACAUCCUACGCUCCAGGUGGGUGCGCCCUCAAUUCGUCGCGAAUGAUGGCUUGGCUUUGCCAACGAGAAGCUUUGGAUGUCACCACAGUAUUUAUCGGAACGAGAGGGGCCAUGGACCGGAGUACACAAAAACUUUUGUCCUUAGUUCAAAACGACGGAGUUGACAUUCUAAUGGCUGAAAGGCUGAACUUGCCCACGGGACAUUGUAUCAACUUGGUUCAAAGCGUAGAACGUACCAUGGUGGCGAAUCUAGGAGCUGCUAGUCACUUCAACUUGUCCGACCUGCAAGAGCUGGGCGUGGAAUCAAAGCUGAAAAUGACCCAACUUGUAUAUAUGGAAGGGUUCUUUGCCAUUCAUAGCCUUGAUGCGUUUAAAGCCAUCAUUCACCUGUGCUGUCAAAGAGCUCGAAUUAAGUUCUGUUUCAAUCUUUGUGGCGAAUAUGUGUGCCGCAGCUUCGAGUUCGUCAAAGAAGUAACCUACGCUCUUUCCGAAAUGGACAUUCUCUACGGAAACAUGAGCGAAUUUGAGACGUUUCUGAAAACGGCAUCAACUUUGGACAACCCCAACAUUGAGGCUCUGAAGUGUGGCUUGAAAGGAGGACAGUACAUUCAAAGCGCGGAAGAACGUUCAGACCGAACGAAAGGCCGUUUAGAGAGUUCUCACAUUUGUACCGUCAUCAUUACUAAUGGGUCCAAUCCAGUGAUCUCGUUUCUAUUGGACACAACUGCUAGCCGCGUGUUCGAGUUCCUCUCGGUAAGAGUACCCAAAGUCCCAAGAAAUGAGAUCAAAGACACGGUGGGCGCCGGAGAUUGCUUUGUGGCGGGUUAUCUUUUCGCCAUGCUCCUAAAUCGAUCCCGUUUGCAAUGUAUUGAAAAGGGGAUUGAAGCAAGUCAUUUAGUAUUGAAACAAAGUGGAACCUCGCUCCCCAACUAAUGUCUCGCAGUUCAAUCUGAUGUGUCUCUCAACCUCUUGUUGAAUUGGGUCGGCUGCAUUGUGCCCGCCCCGUCAAUGUUACCACCACCGUUAUCACCCAUGCCCCGUAUUACAUACGACGUCGUCCAUAAAUUAGCUCGUGUCUAGAGUAGCUCAAUAAAUCGCCUCUCUAA